AUGGUGACUCUCGAGGGCGCAUCCGCCGCGGCCUUGCCUGAAGACCGGACGGAGCCGGGACCGUUGAGCCCGUUCGCCCCGGGCGCCGCCGCCGCCUCUUCUGCCCGCACUUCCCCCGCGGGUCCUUCACCGCCGCCGCCGCCGCCUCCCCCGCCGCCCGUGAGCCUGCUCGACGCCGCGCCCUGCGAGGGGGCAGUCGAGGAGCCCUCCACGCGGCGCCCGGUCCGGCUACGGAACUUCAACUGGGAGGCCAUUCCGGCGGAGCGCAUCCAUGGGCGCUCCAACCUCUGGACGGCGGCGCGACAGCGCGGCGACUGGACGCCCGACUGGCAUCUGCUGGAGGAGCUCUUCGGACAGCGGCCGGAACCGGCCGGCAGCGGCCUCUGGACUGCCCCCGCGACCGAGCAGGCCUCCCUUUUGGAUGCCAAGAAAAUCCUGAAUCUGGGAAUUUUUCUCAAGCAGUUCAAGAGGCCAGUUCAAGACAUUGUGACCGAUAUCUACCAUGGCACAGGAGUCCCUUACGGGCCGGAGAAGCUGCUGGAGCUCUUUAAGAUGCUUCCUGACGGGAAGGAGGUGGAGAAGCUGGAGUCUUUCCGGGGGGACCGGAGCCGCCUCUCUGAGGCCGAGGUCUUUGCACUGCUUCUUGUCCAAGUGCCCAGCUAUGCCCGUCGCCUGGAGCUCCUCGUGCUGAAGCUGCAGCUGCUUCCCCAGCUCAACGCCCUCCAGUCGGCCAUCCAGACCCUGACCAGGGCAUCCUUGGAGCUGCUGGGGUGUGAAGAGCUGCAUGACCUCAUUCGGCUGGUGCUGAAGAUGGGAAACUACCUGAACCAGGGAGGCUAUGCUGGCUCUGCCUGCGGCUUUCACGUGUCGUCCCUCCUGAGGUUGCCAGACACGAGGGGCAACCAACCGGGCAUGGACCUCCUGCAUUUCGUAGCCUUGGAGGCCGAGAGGAAGGAGCCCAGCCUUCUGCAUUUUCCCCAUAAGCUCCGGCAUGCGGCCCCUGCCUCACGGAUCGAUGACCAGGAGUUGGCAGCAGAAUUGCAGAGCCUGGAGCAGCAUCUCCUGGGAGCCCAGCAGGACCUGGAGGGCCUGGGUUUGGAGGGCCAGAUGGGGCCCUUCCUGCAUGGGGCAGAGCUGGAACUGAGGGCCGUGAAAGCCGCCUGGCAAGACCUCCAGCGGGCCACAGCCAGUCUCUCCGACUUCCUCUGCGAAGACCCCGAGGCCUUCAGCUUGCCCGAGUGUUGCGGCAUCUUCCACGCCUUUGGGGAGCGCUUCCUCGGGGCCAUCGAGGAGAACCAGGCCCGGGAGGCCGCCAUGCGCCGAGAGCAGCAGCGGAGGCUGCGGGAGCAGGCAAAGCAGAAGAGGCGCUCCAUUGCCACCUGCUCCUCCCGAGACCCCGGCCUGCAGGACGUGGAGCUGGACCUGCUUGCCUCCUGGGCUCCUCCUUCCUCUGGGAGCCCCCAGGGUCGGGAGAGGCCCCUGCACCUCAACCGGCGGCACACACUCACCAUGCUGGCCCCUUGCCCUGAACCCCUGGAGGCUGCCCCCGAGCCCCCUCCCCCAGCCCCCGCAAGCCAUAGCAAGAAGGCCAAGAGCUUUAGCCAGAGCCUCAAGGCCUUGCUCAGCACCCCUCCAGCCAUGCCUGCCUCCCCCGCCUGCGCCCAGGGCCCCCGCUCCCCCAGCCCCUUCUGCCUACCUGCCUUCUUCCAGGCGAGGGGGCCGGAGAACCCCUCUUCCCCCGCCUCCAAGGAGGUCUGUAGCCUGGUGGGAUUCCUGCGUCGCCUGAGUGUAGGGGAGAAGCCCCGCAGCCCCUCCUAG